UGUUUUCAUAUUUCUUGCAUUCGAAGCCGCGCCUCCUGAAGGCAGAAUAAACACUCUCUCUUCCUCCCUUCUUUUUAUCCUGUCCGAAACCCUCACCAUUUCGCCCUCCUCCCGCAGUAAUGCUCUGCAACUGAUGCCGCCCCAAAAUUUGAAUCCUAACCCAAGAAAUCUCCAGUUUCCGCGGCUUUUGCCUUCGGGUCGAGUUGCAGAGAUAUCUUAUGGCGCUCCAAUUCCGUAGGCUCGUCUUGUCUAGCUUCUUGCGAAGAAACUUCUGUAGUUUUUCCCGGUUUUCUCCAGCCAUGCUUCAAUAUAGGGCAGUGCAGAAUUUUCCAUGCAGCUGCCUGCCGCACUCAUCACUUGGCUAUGGGGGGAAAUAUGUGAAGCCUGCCUAUGGGGGGAGAUAUGUCAAGAACUAUUUGUUGAACCUGGAAGAUGCGAAGGUUACCAUUAAACAAUGUUCACAGUUUAAAUUUAUAACCCUUUGUUCUGCAAGACAUGGAGACAAUCUAACUUCUGGAAGUUUUGAAGUUAGCAGUAGUUCUAGAUUGAAUUCUUUAGCUCAUGAGCUUAUUAGUAGAAGGUUAUUUUCUUCUAGGAGUAAAAGGUUAAAGUCAAAGAAGGGUGGUGAUAACGUUGUAAUGAAAGAUAAUAAGAGUGGGGAUGGUAGUUCUGCAGUUAAAGUGCUUCGUGGAUCAAAGAAGCAAGAAAAAUCAUCUACUGCUUGUAAGAACAAUAAUGGAGAAAUAAAUGCUGCAGUUGCCAGCCCCUCUAGAAAGGGUGCUGCAAAGAGUAGCAAGGCAGCUAAUAGUGCUGCAGCUGCUGCUAAGAGUGAAGAGCAGGUACUUCAAAAUAUUAAGGCAAAGAAAGGAACAGCCAAGAGAAAUGGCAAGACACAAACUGCUAAAGCUCCUGUCAGAAGGAAUCAGAAGCGUAAUAGUAAGAAACAGGAUGCAGAACUUUCUGCAAGUACCGCUGCUGCUGUGGAGCCAAAAGGUGUCAGAAAAACAUCUGAGGCAAGGAAAGCAGAUGAUACUGGUGCAUUACAUGAAGCCAAAAUUAGCAGAGAGAAUUCUCUGGUUGGAAGAGUGGAAAAUGGAAGAAGGCAGUUGAGGCCUCUUUAUCCACCUUGUGGGAAGUCAGUUGUGGUUGUGGAGUCGGUCACUAAAGCAAAAAUCAUCCAGAAUUAUCUUGGGGACAUGUUUGAAGUGCUGCCUAGUUAUGGCCAUGUGAGGGACUUGGCAGGGAGGUCAAGAUCUGUACGGCCUGAUGAUGACUUCAGCAUGGUCUGGGAGGUGCCUGCUGCUGCCUGGACUCAUCUCAAGAGCAUUAAGGUAGCACUAAGCGGAGCAGAAAACUUGGUACUUGCAUCUGAUCCUGAUCGUGAAGGAGAAGCAAUUGCCUGGCAUAUCACUGAGAUGUUGCAACAGCAAGAUGCCUUAAAUGAUAAUGUUACUGUGGCAAGAGUUGUGUUUCAUGAGAUAACCGAGUCUUCUAUUAAAAAUGCCUUGCAGGCUCCUAGAGAGAUCGAUGUAAACUUGGUCAAUGCUUAUCUUGCAAGGCGUGCCCUUGAUUAUUUAAUUGGAUUCAGCAUAUCACCGCUGCUAUGGAGGAAGUUACCUGGUUGCCAGUCAGCUGGACGAGUCCAAUCUGCAGCUCUGGCUCUCAUAUGUGAUAGGGAGACAGAGAUAGAACAAUUUGAUGAACAAGAGUAUUGGACUGUUGGGGCUGAGUUUCAAGAUGCAAGUUCAGAAUCUCUGAAGAAUUCUGUCACUUCACAGUUGACUCAUUUUGAUUCUAAGAAGUUAGAUCAGCUUUCUAUACGCUGUCAGGAAGAGGCAGAGGCUAUCGAAAGACGGAUUUCUUCAUCAAAAUUUCAAGUAAUUGGUGUAAAAACAAGUAAAGUUCAAAGGAAUCCUCCCAUGCCUUAUAUAACAUCAACUCUUCAACAAGAUGCAGCCAGCAAAUUGAAUUUUACUGCUGCCUAUACAAUGAAGGUGGCUCAAAAGCUGUACGAGGGGAUUAAACUAUCAGAUGAAGAGGCAACAGGGUUAAUAACAUACAUGCGAACUGAUGGACUACAUGUUUCUAAUGAAGCUGCAGAGGAUAUUCAUUCCUUGGUUAAAGAAAGGUAUGGUGAGGAAUUUGCAUCAAAGAAUGUACGCAAAUACUUUAGGAAGGUGAAGAAUGCCCAAGAAGCUCAUGAAGCUAUCAGACCCACUAAUAUAAGGAGGCUACCAUCAACUUUAGUAGGAAUACUGGAUGAUGAUUCUUUAAGGUUAUACACUCUUAUAUGGACACGUACUAUGGCAUGCCAAAUGGAACCUGCCACAACUGAUAUGAUUCAAGUUGAUAUUGGGAAUUCAGAAGGAAACAUGAUUUUCCGAUCUGUGGGUUCACAAGUGGGGUUUCCAGGAUAUCAAGCAGUUUAUGAGGACAAAGAAGCAAGGGUUAAUGGAAAUGAUGACAAGGAAGAGAAUGUCCAUAAGGCAGUUUUUGAGGUUCUGCAGAAACUGAAGGUUAAGGAUUUGUUAUCUUUGGUUAAAGUGUAUCCUAGACAGCAUUAUACUAAACCACCACCACGUUAUUCUGAGGCAUCAUUGGUUAAGAAGCUAGAGGAACUUGGAAUUGGAAGACCGUCAACUUAUGCAUCUAUAAUGAAAGUGUUACAGGAUAGAAACUAUGUAACGAUGAAAAAUCGAGUGCUGCAUCCUGAAUUUCGUGGUCGCAUGGUGUCAGCAUUUCUUUGCCAUCAUUUCUCAGAGGUUGCUGAUUAUAGCUUCACAGCAGACAUGGAAAAUGAGCUUGAUAAUGUUUCUGCUGGGUUGACGGAAUGGAAGGGCCUUUUAAGAGAUUAUUGGUCACGAUUUAGCAAGUAUUGUGAUCUUGCAAGUAAUACUGGUACUCGACAGGUUGAGAAAAUGUUGGAGGAAACUUUUGGUCACAUAUUGUUUGCUUCACUUACUAACAAUUGUAGGGUGUGCCCAAGUUGUUCAGAUGGCACCUUGACAUUUAAAGUUAGUAGGUUCGGUGCUGGCUAUUUUAUUGGUUGUGAUCAACAUCCCAAAUGCAAGUACAUCGCAGGUACCUUGUUUAGUGAGGAUGAUGAUGCUGUUGAUCCUGACAAGCCCGAGAAAUCAUUUCCACCAAAGUUGCUAGGCUAUAGUCCUGAAUAUAAUGAAAAGAUUUAUUUAAAGAAUGGUCCGUAUGGGUACUAUGUCCAACUGGGGGAUGAUAGAAAGGGAUAUUCACCAAAAAGAGCUUCUAUUUCCGAGGUGAAGGAUGUUGCGUCCAUUACAUUGGAGGAUGCUAUUGAGCUAUUGCAAUAUCCUGUAACAUUGGGAAAUCAUCCUGAGGAUGAAUAUCCUGUUCUAUUGACGCAUUCAAAAUUUGGGUUUUCGAUUAGGCAUCGUCGAACUGUUGCUCCGGUACCUAAGAGUCUAAGCCCUAAAGAGAUCACUCUCGAAGCUGGAUUGAAGCUUUUAUCAAGUAAGAAAGCCAAAAAAUUUGGUCGUCCUAAAGGCAAACCCAAGCCUGAAGAAGCCUUGUGGGAGUGAAGUAGAAAUGCUAAUAAAAUGCAGAGGCCCCAAGCUGUUUGGAAACUGAUCUUAUACAAAACAUGCAGAACCCUUGGAUAAAGUGGAGAGCUCGCAGGAGAGUCCCCACUGGCUGAGUUGGUAAAGUCUCUUGUAUUGAUUCAAGAGACUUCGAUUUGAUCUUUGCCACCACACCUAUUUUUGGCAAGGUUUUCUCCUAUUGUAGUUCUCCCUGAAAAAAGGGGAAAGGCAGAGAGCUCGCUGAAUAUUCUUCUCGGUGAACACUAAAUUUAUUCAUGGACUUGUGCCAACAUAUAACCUUGGCCGUCUCUUUUAGAGUUCAGAGGACUUUCGAGCAUUCAUGCAUUUUCUAGUUGUUGCUCAUAUAAUGUAAAAGAAAAGAAAAGCAAAAAAAAAAGAAAAUACAUGUAUAUGACAUCAAGUUUUGUUGUAAUUCUAGCACUUUCUUGAGGUCUUUCUCUUGGUCAUGAGUUUAGGUCUUUGUUUUGAUAUGGAAUCAUUUUCCUGUGUCCACCACAACAUAUCUUGGGUCCAUUCUUUGUGUACUUUGUUUUAAAAGUUAUAUAAGCUGUUUCAUUACAUUUAUGCUGGAAGUUAAUA